GGCCCCAAGCACAGAGGGAGGAGCAGCUGUAGGCCCCCCCCGGGCUCAGACCCACUCUGCUGCUUCUGCUAACGCUGUGCCUGGAGCCUGCUGCCCCUGAAGGCCCCUGCCAUGUGGUUUUAUCUAUUGCUGGCGGUGCUGGCCUGGGCCCUGGGCUGGCUGGUAAGGGAUCGCCGAACCCUCCCCUCAGUCAGAGACAAACACGUCUUCAUCACCGGCUGCGACAGCGGUUUCGGCAACCUGCUGGCACGGCGGCUGGCACAACGUGGCUUCCGUGUGCUGGCUGCUUGCCUGACCCCACAAGGGGCCGAUGGGCUGCAGCGAGGCUGUGCUGGGCACCUCCGAACCACGCUGCUGGAUGUGACCCGCUCUGAUAGCAUCCGGCGUGCUGCGGAGUGGGUGCGGGAGGAGGUGGGCGAGAAAGGGCUCUUUGGGCUGGUGAACAACGCGGGGGUGGCCAACCCCAUCGGCCCCACGGAGUGGAUGCGGAUCGAGGACUACCAGCAGGUGAUGGCUGUCAACACUUUUGGGGCCAUCGAGGUGACCCUACAGCUGCUGCCCCUCCUCAAGAGGGCACGGGGCCGCGUGGUCAACACCUCCAGCGUGCUCGGCCGCCUCUCAGCCAACGGUGGUGGAUAUUGCGUCUCCAAGUAUUGCAUCGAGGCGUUCUCCGACAGCCUCAGGCGCGACAUGUACCACUUCGGGGUGAAGGUGAGCAUCGUGGAGCCCGGCUUCUUCAAGACAGCCGUGACCAACCUGGAGAGCAUCGAAGCAUCGCUGCGGCAGCUCUGGGAGCGCCUGGCACCCGAGACACGGCUCAGCUAUGGCGAGGAGUUCUUCCACAAGUGUGAGUGUGGGAGAGGACAGCGGGGCCACCCCCUUCUUCUGGGGCCCCAUUGGGUUGGCCACCCACCCCCUUCUUCUGGGACCCCCGUUGGGUUGCCACCCCUUCUUCUGGGCCCCAUUAGGUUGACCACCCACCCCCUUCUUCUGGGACCCCAUUGGGUUGGCCACCCACUUCUUCCUGGACCCUGUUAGGUUGGCCACCCACCC